AUGCCAUCUAAUAGCACCUCUGCCUCCUCGCCUGGCAAGGCGAUGGCGGGGCCAAAGCUUGUCGGCCAGCUGCGCUCGUCGGAGCGCGUGCUGGAUCGGCUCACAAGCAGUUCCAUGGACCAUCUCGUUGCUUCUCGUCGAAGCGGUGAUGCCGUGUUGCGGGAGUCCCUCACUGCACUGUACUCACUCGCGACGAAACUGCACUCACCUGCGCUGCGCUUCGCCUCAAGCACCAUCGAGACGCGUAAGGAGAGGCACAUCACCACAGAGCAGGUGUGGGGCCAGCUGAACGUCCUGAUGCGGCCGGUGCUUCGCCAGCUGGGGAAUAAUGUCCACCGUGCCAGGUUGCUCUACGGUGGCAGCGCCGAGGGCGCCUCAGCGAAGGCGACGCAGCAACGAUCUCGCAAGGCCAAAGCGACGACAGACAAAGACGAUGACGGUGACCGUAGCGCAGACGAGCCCGACGGCGACGUCGCGGGGAAGGCUAUUCUUUCUACCCGCACCUCGGAGUUGGAUGAGAGUGACCUAGAUGAGGAGAUCGAGUCUCUGCUGGCGAAGCAGGCGGAGAGGCGCAGACUGCGGAAGGAGGCGAGAGGGGGUGGCGGCGGCGGCGAUGAUUCGUGGCGCUACGCCUUCGGCAAGGAGAACGCCGGUGAGGAGGACGAUGAGGAGGACGACUGGAACGGCGAGGGCUCUGACCACGGCCGAUUGCGCCGCCGCCGCCGUCAGGAGGUCGAAGAGAAAGUUGAAGAAGAGGUCGGCAUGGACUUCGAAGAGGACGUGCGGGAUGGGGCGCUGGCGAACCAGCACGCGCGAGAUCGCAACCUGCGGGCCAUGGUAGACGCCCAAGAUGAUGCAGAGCCCGAGGAGGACCUCGCCGCGCUCCGUGAGCUAUACGGUGACGACUUCGAGGAUGACGGGCGAGGCUUCUUGGGAGAGGAGGAGGACGAGGACCCGGAUAUGGAGGAGGACAUCGAGCUUGACGAUCCAGCCAACGAGGCGGCCGAUGACGCGUACAACGAGCGGGACGGAGCGUACUUUGGCAAGGGCGACAUCCUCAACGACGAGGCAGGCGACUUCGAAGAAGAGCACGGAGGCUACGGUAGUUGUGCCAGGUACAGUGGCGGUGAGGAUGGUGACGACACUGGCGUUGCGCUGCAGGACGAGGCGAAGGAGAUGGAUGAGGAGCUGCUCGCCGCCCUGGAGGACCCAAGCCUAUCUGAGCUGCAGAAGGAGCGCCUGCGUGAGAAACAUAUGGUGCGCAAGAUGGAGGAGAAGCGACUGUUUUCCACCGACUGGAGCAUGGUGGGCGAAACGACCGCCAGCAAACGCCCACGCGACGCACUGCUGGAGGUGGACAACCUGGAGUUUGAGUACGGCAUGAAGGCGACCCCGGUCAUCACCGAGGCGUUCACCGCCAAACUGGAGGACCGCAUCAAGCAGCGCAUCCAGGACGAGAACUACGACGAUGUGAAGCGCAAGAUGGUCUUGUCAACAGAGGCUGACAUUACUCACUUGAAGUACGACGCUGCCCUCGAUGCGCAGAAGUCAAAGAUGUCGCUGAUGGACCUCUACGAAAAGGAUUUUCUGGAGAAGCAACGCCUCGCAGACGAGGCGGCCGGCGGCCCUGAUGCAGCGAGAGCCGAACCGCUCACGGAGAUCGAGAAAGAUGAGCUGCGGGCGAUCCAGAUGUGGCAGCGGCUGGCUCAGCACCUCGACGCCCUGAGUAACUUCCACUACACGCCCAAACCGGUGCAGCAAGACCUUGAAGCACGCGUGCGCGCAGUAGAGAACCAGGCACCGGCUGUGGUGAUCGAGAAUGUGGGCAACUUCGCCACGACUCGCGAGAACGCACUGGCCCCGCAAGACCUUUACCGUGGCUCAUCGCACCGCUUCGCUGAUGUUGGCAUUGAUGAACUGACGCCAAAGGAGCGCCAGACCUUGCGCCGCUCCAAGAAAGAGGCGGGAAAGAAAGAUAAAGAGCGCAAGGAGGCCCGUGGCAAGCAGCGCGCCGAUGCGCGCAAGCAGAAGCAGCAGUCGGCAGAGUAG